AUGAGUGUCUCUGCUCUGAGCCCCACCAGAUUCCCAGGAAGCAUCUCUGGCUUCCUCCAAGUAGCCUCUGUGCUCAGCCUGCUCCUGCUGCUCUUCAAGGCAGUCCAGUGUUACCUGCACAGGCGAUGGCUACUCAGAGCCACCCAGCAGUUUCCAUUCCCACCUUCUCACUGGUUCUUUGGGCACAAGCUGGACUUCUUGGUGGACCAGGAGCUUCAAGAUAUUCUAACACGGAUAAAGAAUUUCCCAAGUGCCUGUCCACAGUGGCUCUGGGGGACCAAGCUGCGCUUCCAAGUGUAUGACCCUGACUACAUGAAGGUGAUUCUGGGAAGAUCAGACCCCAAAGGUCAUCAUGCCUACAAACUUCUAGCUCCUUGGAUUGGGUAUGGUUUGCUUCUGUUGAAUGGAGAGAGAUGGUUCCAGCACCGACGAAUGUUAACCCCAGCUUUCCACUAUGAUAUCCUGAAGCCUUAUGUGAGAAUCAUGGCAGAUUCUGUUCAUAUAAUGCUGGAUAAAUGGGAACAGACUGUUGGCCAGGAUUCCACCCUGGAGAUCUUUCAACACAUCUCCUUGAUGACCUUGGACACCAUCAUGAAGUGUGCCUUCAGCCAUGAAGGCAGUGUCCAGCUGGAUAGAAAAUACCAGUCCUACAUCCAAGCAGUUGAGGAUCUGAACCAUCUCAUUUUUUCCCGUGUGAGGAACAUGUUUCACCAGAAUGACACCAUCUACAGUGUGUCCUCUAAUGGCCGCCAGGCCAACAAUGCCUACCGACUUACCCAUGAUCACACAGACCAAGUGAUCAAAUUGAGGAAGGCUCAGCUUCAGGAUGAGGGAGAGCUGGAGAAGAUUAAGAAGAAAAGGCGAUUGGAUUUCCUGGACAUCCUCCUGUUUGCCAGAAUGGAAAAUGGAAGCAGCUUCUCUGACAAGGACCUUCGUGCUGAGGUAGAUACGUUCAUGUUUGAAGGCCAUGACACCACAGCCAGUGCUGUCUCCUGGAUCUUCUAUGCUUUGGCCACACAACCUGAACAUCAGAAGAGAUGCAGGGAGGAGGUACAGAGUCUUCUAGGAGAUGGAACUUCCAUCACCUGGGACCACCUGUACCAGAUGCCCUACACUACCAUGUGCAUCAAGGAGGCCUUGAGGCUCUACCCACCUGUACCGAGUGUGAGCAGAGAUCUCAGCACACCUGUCACCUUCCCGGAUGGACGCUCUUUGCCCAAAGGUAUCACAGUCAUGCUCUCCUUUUACGGCCUUCAUCACAACCCAUCUGUGUGGCCAAACCCAGAGGUGUUUGACCCUUCUCGAUUUGCAACCGAGUCGGCCCGACACAGUCACUCAUUCCUGCCCUUCUCAGGAGGACCAAGGAACUGCAUUGGGAAACAGUUUGCCAUGAGUGAGCUGAAGGUGGCAGUCGCCCUGACCCUUCUCCGCUUUGAGCUGCUGCCAGAUCCCAACAGGAUUCCAGUCCCCAUACCAAGACUGGUGUUAAAGUCCAAGAAUGGGAUUCAUCUAUGUCUCAAAAAGCUCCAGUAAUCUUCUCAGGACAAAGACAGCUCCAAUGGCAUUUUGCCUUCCAUUUUGUCUUCCUGUCACUCACUCUUGUCCCUAGCCCACCUGCUCACAUCCCUUUCUUUCUUUCCUCCUUGUUUAUUCCCUUCUGAGUGCUUCCUGUCUCCAUGUCUGUCAGUAUUUCUCUCUCAUCUUCUUCCAGGACCCCCACCUACCUUAAUGCAUGUCUGACCUUCCACCUACUAAUCUCCAUGACUUCCACACCACCUGCUCUUCUGGGUCUUUCUUUCUUUUCUGCUGCUUGUGUACCCUUGAAUGAGCUUUAUACUGAUGCCAUAAAUGAUUACAACAGAAGUGUGUGCUCUUAUGGUUCUAAAUAUCAGACAUUUUACAUGA